AUAGAAGGGUUACAGACAGAAGCUUAAAACCAAAGCAAUCCUGCCAUUCCUUUUUCCUUUCAAAGUGAAACGAUGUCGUAUUUACUACCGCACUUGCACUCAGGAUGGGCCGUGGACCAGGCGAUCCUCGCCGAGGAAGAACGUCUCGUUGUCAUCCGUUUCGGUCACGAUUGGGACGAAACUUGUAUGCAGAUGGAUGAAGUGCUUUCUUCAGUUGCUGAUACGUUGAAGAACUUUGCUGUGAUAUACUUGGUGGAUAUCACUGAAGUGCCAGAUUUCAAUACGAUGUACGAGCUUUACGAUCCAUCGACCGUGAUGUUCUUCUUCAGGAACAAACACAUCAUGAUUGAUCUUGGUACCGGUAACAACAACAAGAUCAAUUGGGCAAUGAAGGACAAACAGGAGUUCAUCGACAUUGUUGAGACAGUGUACCGUGGGGCGAGGAAGGGUCGUGGUUUGGUCAUUGCACCAAAGGACUACUCAACCAAGUACCGUUACUAAAACCAUUCAGUUGUCAUUGGUGGUGUAUGGCUUGGACCAUGUCUUGUAAUUGAAACAAAUAUAACUGUCUUAUUGUCUGUGGCCUGUAUGCGUGAUAUUUCAGAGUAUAUGUAAUGAGACCAUGAAAUUCUCCGCUGUCA